UCCUUAGUGACACAGCGGUAGUCAACCAUCAACAUGUCAGAAAUGUAAUCGCGCUUGGAAAUCAAACAAACUAUGACAGAAAUGGAUAAAUUCAUAUGGCUUUAGAAACAAAAAAUUACACCAUUUGUCAUGGUUAGCAGAAUCUGUCAGAAACAAUAAGGUGCGAUUGGUGAUACCAGAUCGGUGCAUUGUUGCCCUCAUGGCUGGGAACCGAAUGCUCACUGCCUCACUGGUGUUAGGUUACGUGAUUCAAUACAUUGCAUGUUCCUGCAACAUCACUUGCACGACAGAUUAUGAGACAUCUCUUAACUGUUCCUGCUCAGGCAUAGUGGCAUCGGAUCCCAUUUUUGUGGAAGCCAAUUGCAGCGAUUUUGAAGGGCAUGUGAAUGGUAGCUGUGAAAUUACACCUUUACAAAAUUGGUGUAUAAUACAACCAGAUGACUUGUGGCUGUAUUUGUCAUGUGAAACCUACUGCACGGCAAGAGUGAAGCACACAGGAAAAGACAAAACUGAACAGGAUGAGUCAACUAACUGGAAGUUGCAUGAAUCAGUGAAGCCUCGAACGCCAUUCAAUGUUUCAGUGACACGGAGCUUUGGAAAAUACAAUGUCACUUGGGAGAUGCAUGAAAACAUGUAUCUUAAAAAUUCCUUAAUGUACAUGGUACAUAUUACAGAAAAGAACAUACCUCUAAAGAAUUACUUGUUAAAAGACCAGAUGUACCUAGAGCUAAGGAGCCUGCAGCCAGAAACAGAGUAUGUGGCAAAGGUCUGUGCCUCCCCAAAAACUGCAUUAGUUUACAGUGGUCACUGGAGCGAAUGGAGCGCCAGUGUAGAAUGGAGGACUAUAGAAUGGAGAACUACAGGAGGGAAUGAUUUAUGGUGGCUGACCAUUGUCCCUUGUUUAAUCCUGUUCUGCCUUUUAAAAAUAAUGUGGCCUAAGAGUUACACCCCAAACCCAGAGGUCUUUUUCAAGCCUCUCUACCACACAUAUGAAGGGGACUUCAAGAAAUGGGUUGGACCUAUCUAUAUCUUCAGUGAGCUGGAACCAUUGGGGAAAAACCCACCUGCACAAAUGAUGACUGAGAAGCAGCUAAAUGUCCUCGGGCUGUCCAGGCUGAGUGUGGUGGAAGACAGUGGCCACAAUACCAGUACGGACCAGGACACAUGUCACUCAGCCGGACACAUCUCUAUCGAUACAGUGAUGGUGUCUGGGGAGGAGGGACCGGUUUCAGGGAGCUCUUGGGAGACAUACAGGAACAGGCACGCUGGGGGAAGCUUCUCCUCAUAUACUGGAAGCAGCAGAGGAGGAAUGGACAGUGGGGCCAAGGGCUCUGCUGGUUCUGGGGAAGAUGAGGAAGUCCGCUUAUCUGGGCAGAGGGAAAGUCGGGAAUCAAUAGAACUGCCUGAGUGGCAGCUACAGGUACAAGCCUGUAACUAUGGACCAGAGCAGAUUUCAUUGGACUCUGAGGACGGCUAUCCUCCCAUGGGGCUUGAUCUGGACAGUGUAGACACCAUUGACAGUGGUGUGUUUGUGGAAUCUGACUGUAGCAGUCCAGUGAACUCUAACUAUGAUUCUGAGGAACAGAAAAACUCUUUACUGAAUGGGGUAGACAUCUUCCGCUCUAACUAUGUCAAACAAUGGGUAACUGAUGACACUGUGCAAGGGGAAGCAACCAGCUCAUGACAGUGCAGGGCGUUUUACUGACAAAUCAUUUUGCAAAUCUGUACCUUUCCUUACUACAUGGUACAGAAAUAAAUUGAGUAUGAAUGAUUUCUUCCUAUAAGAUAAUCAUAAUUAUGUCAAUUAACAUGUUUUUCUAGACUACAGUUCCAGAUCUCAGCCUUCAUGAAAUUCAUGUUUCCUACAGCUUAUUUUCUCAUACAAUUUCCAGGUACAAUUUGUUGUGCAUUUCCUAUUGAUCUGUUAAUCCAGUUAAGAAGUGAACAUGUCCAAUAACAUGUAGAAUCUAGUAAUUAUUUUUAAAAAAUGUAUGGGGUCAAUGGGCAUGUAUUGCUCUUUUAAAGCUGUUGAGUUGAUUUUACAUUUACUAUGGCUUGUUUCAUUACUAUGUUUAUAAACCAUGUUUAUAAUUUUUUAAGUUAAUGUUUUCUACAAAAUUGGUCUGUCUAAAAUAUUCUCCAUUCACACUUUUGUUGCCAGUCUGUCUAUCAGUUUGCAUUGACUUCUAGUCUCCUGAUAAAUGCUUUAGAAGCUUGCAGUUCUAUCUCCCCAACCUAAACCCCCUGGACUCGCUAAUGCUAUUCUGGUCUUUUCUGAUAAGGGAUGAGGAGAAGACAAAUCAUGUCAUUGUUUUAAAUUCAUUCUUGUAAAUGUUAGAGGUAGGACUCUACACACUGCACGUUAAUGCAGCUGUGGGCUUUGUGCACUCUAUUUGCAAAGACAACCACAAUGCUGGACAAGAUUUAGCCUUCUGAGAGAGGCAACCAGGUUUUCGCCCCAAUAUAUCCUGCUAUUGGAUAAAGUAUAUAAUUAGGGCCCCAGGUCCAGUGGAAGCCAAAUAGCCACAUAUGACAGCAAAGAUCCACCACCAUAUAUUACAGUAGUCAUAGGUCUUUUUUUUUUACCCUGAAGAAGAUAGAUUGAUCUGUCGAAAAAUAUUAAAUUAUUGCAUCUGA